CUUCUUUCUGCUAAUAGUCAGAAUGCUGCUGUCUUCCGUGAGUCUGGAGGAGCUAAGUGUGCAGUAGCUCUUGUGCCUCAUCUUGAAUGCCGACUUCAGGCUCUAAGUGUUAUGCAGCAGCUGAUUUUAGCAAGUGGAAGUGAUGAUGACAUGGGAUCUCUCUUAGGUUUGCUACACUCAGCUCCUCCAAUCGAAUUACAGCUUAAAAUAGAUAUCCUCAAGUCUCUUCUGGUGUGUCUGAAAGAGUCUCAUAGAACAAGGACAGUUUUCCGCAAAGUUGGAGGCUUUGUCUAUGUCAUGAGUGCAUUGGUCAGCUUAGAAGGAAGCUUAGGAGAUGUGAUGCCCACAGUUUGGAGUACUGUUCCUUCCCGUCAGAUUCUGACUCUUUUACUAAAUGUCUUUCACACAUUAACAACUGCCAUGAGAUUUGAACCAGCCAAUGCUAAAUUCUUUCAUCAGGAGAUUUGUUACACUAGUUUCUGUGAUACUCUCCGACUCCUUGGUUGUUUUAUGACUGCCACAAACAUUCAAGACUCAUCUAAAGAUAUUGUACCUCUUGGCCAUGCUGAUAUGAUCAAUUUAGAAGAUGGAUCCUUAAAGGCGUGCGGUACCCUCGCAGAUGGGAUUGAUUUCAACACAUUCCAUACGAUCUUCACUACACCUAUUCUUGAGUACAUGCCACCACCUGAGAUCCCAGUGUCUUUAGUGAGAGUGGUACAAAUUCUACAGCUCAUGUAUCAUAUGGCUCUGGAUGCUUUUGACAAGGCAUCUGUUCCAAGUUUCACACCACCAAGCAUUGGGACCUGUAAUGAUAACAAAGUACUUGAUAUUUCACCCAGCAGUAAGCGACCAGUUGCUGGUUUGAAUUUGGGACCAGCACCAACUGAGCCAGUAAUUGUUCAUUCUGGUGUGGUGACAGCUCUUCUUCAUUUGCUUCCAUCUAUACAGCAUCCAUCCCAUCCACAAAUGGCAUGUGUUCUUCAGUUGUAUACGGCUCAUCUGAUAAAGUCUUUGGUUCGGACUGAGCGCAAUCAGCAGCUUAUGUGUGAGAGCGGUUUAGUUGGAGAUCUUCUCACCAGAUGCUCGGUAGCGCUGGUCCAAUGA